AUGUCUCUGACCAAGGCAGAGAGGACCGUCAUCCUGUCCAUGUGGGACAAGAUCUCCGCUCAGGCGGAUGCCAUUGGCACUGAGGCCCUGGAGAGGCUCUUCGCCAGCUACCCCCAGACCAAGACCUACUUCCCGCACUUGGACCUGCGCCCGGGCUCCGCGCACCUGCGCGUGCACGGUGCCAAGGUGGUGGCCGCCCUGGGCGAUGCGGUCAAGAGCAUCGACAACAUCGCGGGCGCCCUGGCCAAGCUGAGCGAGCUUCACGCCUACAUUCUGCGCGUGGACCCCGUCAACUUCAAGCUCCUGUCCCACUGUCUGCUGGUCACCGUGGCCUCGCACUUCCCCGCCGACUUCACGGCCGACGCCCACACCGCCUGGGACAAGUUCCUGUGCAUCGUGUCCUGCGUCCUGACCGAGAAGUACCGCUGAGCGCGGCCG